AUGGAGGAUUGCAAAAGUAUGUCUACUCAUUUGUGUCAUAAGGAGAAACUGAGCAAGAAUGAUGAAACUAAUAAAGUUGAUGAGGCUCUCUAUAGAAGGUUGGUUGGCUGUCUCAUUUACUUGACAGAAACCAGACCUGAUAUACUGCAUGUUGUAAGUCUUUUGUCAUUUACUAACUGUGCAACUGAAACUCAUUUUAGAGCAGCUAAGAGGGUUCUUAGAUAUGUUAAAGGAACACCAGACUUUGGCAUUAAGUUCAGUACAGGUCUGAAGUGUUCUUUGCAGGGUUAUUCAGAUAGUGAUUGGGCUGGAUCUAUUGAUGAUAUGAGAACAGAAGCAGAGUUCAUUGUUGCUAUUGUUGCUGCAAAUCAAGCUUUAUGGCUGAGGAAAAUGCUAAUUGAUCUGAACUUGAGACAAGAAGAUUAUACAGAGGUGUUUAUUGACAAUCAAGCUGCAAUUUUUAUCUCAAACAAUCCUUUCCACAUCAAAUUGUUCUUUCUUAGGGAAGUGCAAAAAGAGGGAUCUGUUAACAGACAUAUUCACCAAGGCCUUACCGAGGAACAAGUUCAAGUUCCUAAGGGAGAAACUUGGCAUCUACAGCAACUCAAGCAAGGAGGAGUGUUGAAGUUUGCUUUAAUUCUGUUAUUUUUCCUUAUUUUUAGUAAAUCAGUUUUAGUUAGUGGUUUAGUGGGUGGUUUCUAG